CACGAGACGUGCUGGGGCUACUACGACGUGAGCGGCCAGUACGACAAGGAGUUCGAGUGCAACAACAGCGAGAGCGGCUACCUGUACUGCUGCGGCACCUGCUACUACCGCUUCUGCUGCAAGAAGCGCCACGAGAAGCUGGACCAGCGCCAGUGCACCAACUACCAGAGCCCGGUGUGGGUGCAGACGCCCAGCACCAAGGUGGUGUCGCCGGGGCCCGAGAACAAGUACGACCCGGAGAAGGACAAGACCAACUUCACCGUGUACAUCACCUGCGGAGUCAUCGCCUUCGUCAUCGCGGCCGGCGUCUUCGCCAAGGUGUCCUACGACAAGGCCCACCGCCCUCCGCGGGAGAUGAACAUCCACAGGGCUCUGGCGGACAUCUUAAGACAACAGGGACCAAUCCCCAUAGCACACUGUGAAAGAGAAACUAUCUCAGCUAUCAAUACCUCUCCCAAAGAGAACACACCGGUCAGAUCGUCCUCCAAAAACCACUACACCCCCGUGCGUACGGCCAAGCAGACUCCAGGACAUUAUGGGAAGGAUACUCACCGAAGUGGAGGACCUGAUCUCCAUAACUUCAUCUCCUCCGGAUUUGUCACGUUAGGAAGAGGACACACGAAGGGUGAUCAUCAGUAUAACCAUCCGAUUUUAAGCAGUGCUACCCAGACCCCUACACAUGAGAAGCCCCGGUUGAACAAUAUCCUAACAUCAGCCACGGAGCCCUAUGACCUCUCCUUCUCCCGCUCCUUCCAGAAUUUGGCCCACCUUCCCCCAUCCUAUGAGUCUGCAGUGAAGAGCCACCCCAGCAAGUACUCAUCCCUGAAGAGGUUAACUGACAAGGAGGCUGACGAGUAUUACAUGCGGAGGCGGCAUCUGCCUGACCUGGCCGCCCGUGGCACCCUCCCCCUCAAUGUCAUCCAGAUGUCCCAACAGAAGCCCUUACCGCGGGAGAGGCCCCGCCGGCCCAUCCGGGCCAUGUCACAGGACAGGGUUCUGUCCCCAGAGCGGGGCCUGCCCGAUGACUUCGGCUUGCCCUAUGACCGCAUCCUGUCCGAUGAGCAACUGCUCUCCACGGAGCGCCUGCACUCCCAGGACCCGCUGCUGUCCCCGGAGCGGACGGCCUUCCCCGAGCAGUCCCUGUCACGGGCCAUCUCGCACACGGACGUCUUUGUGUCCACGCCCGUGCUGGACCGCUACCGCAUGACCAAGAUGCACUCCCAUCCCAGUGCCUCCAAUAACUCCUAUGCCACCCUGGGCCAGAGCCAGACGGCCGCCAAGCGCCAGGCCUUCGCCUCCCGCAGACACAACACAGUGGAGCAGCUGCACUACAUCCCGGGCCACCACACCUGCUACACAGCCAGCAAGACGGAAGUGACCGUGUGACUGGCGGGGCGGGGCGGGGAGGGGCCUGGAGCAGAGCCCCCAGCCCUGUGCAGGGCGCACCCCCCUCCACUGCCUUGUCCCCUCUGUAGGAGACCAGUGCCUCUUCUGGAUCAAAGCAACAGAGACCUGUCGGAGAAUGCAGAUAAUGGUACUCCAAGCUAUGGGUCUGGGAGUUAACUGGGCAGCUCCCCACCUCUCCCCUGCAGGGGGCACUCGGGCACCAGGCAGAUCCAUGCCUUCAGUUCCAUUGGGGGACUGGCCCCUGCCAGCCCAGCUCAGCCCCUUCUCUGCCUCCAACGUGGGCACUGGGCAGGGUGUAACAGCCUCCCAGAGACUGAGCAGUGAACUAAGCGGCAUCCACCUCCCUAAGACCAGAGCCUGGGGGGAGAGAAGGGGCUCCCCCAUUCUCAGGGCCAGGGCACUUCCUUGGGCUGGGGCACGGGGAAUCAGCCCCAGACUGGUGGGUAAAGGUAUGAUUCAAAAAUAUACAACUGUCACCACACUCAGACUCCAAAAGCAAUGACCUUAAACUGGGAUUUUGGGUUCCCCCGGUUCUGCAUACAACAGGUAGGGUCCUUUAAAAUGGGGGUUGGGCAGGAAGAACCCUCCCCUCAGUGUCAGCCCUUGGAAUUUUUAAUCUCACGACAUCUACAAUCCACAGAAAACUCAACUGACUGAGUCCUCUUACUUAUUUCGAGAAUUCCAAAGCUCUUGUCUCCCCCUCAAGGCUCAUCAUAAGGGGAUCAAGGCUGGAGGUGGUGAACACAGCCCCCGGCUUCCCCACUGGGGUCGCAUCACUGAGACUGUGAGGCUGUGAGGACAGGGAUGGCUCUCUGCUUUAUUCCCCUAAAAACACAUAAACCUUCUCAAGGGGCUGGUCCCCAAGGUUUUAUGAGAGUUUGUUCCAGAAGACAAGGCUAAGAGGGUUAGGGGGAAGAAAUCAGUUUAAAUGGAGCAGGUGGCCACUCCCAAAAUGAAGCUGUCUCUCACAACUGGUCCCCCUAAUCCCGCUGUCCUCUGAUCCAGCCUCCCCUCGAAGGCUGCCUGCUGGUGCAGAGGGGAGAGGGUGAAAAUCUGCUCCCCAGGUGUCUGCACACAUACACACGCCGAACCAGAAACCUGAUCUCAUCCUGGGUCAGAAGCAUCUUGGCACCGAGUUCUGCAUCCGUCAGCAUGAUGCUUGUCCCCUGUCUGCCUGUCUGUCUGUCUGCCUGUCUCAGGGGUUGUUUGAUAGGUUGAUUCCAAAGCAUUUCUCAUCCCAGCCUUAUUGCUGUCUGGUUUAAAACCUCUGAUGUCAGUCAGAUAGAGAAAAUUCUACCUAACGCUUACUUUGUGUAAAUGAUUCUUCUGCUUCAUACUUGGGUCAGGAAGGAAGGGAGGAAGGAAAGAAGGAAGAAAGGAGCAGAGGGAGGAAGGAAGAAAGGAAAGGAAAGGAAGAAGGGAUGGAGAGAGGGAGGGAGGAAGGAAGAAGAGAGAGGUCUACAAACUUGCUCCAAUUCAGUCCCUCACUUAAAAAUCCCUAAAAUUAUGGCUCAACUGGGAUACAGAAACAUCUCACUUAUUCAACUGCCCCAUCCACAUUUGUGGAACAAGCAAAGCGACGUGACCAGAUAAAUUCAUGUAACAGGUAAGAGAAGGUUCUGGGCUGGAACCCAGAUAUCAUGACUUCUAGCCCUACCAGGCUGGUGGCCACUGUAAUGCACAGAAGAGCCAUCCAUCCCCAUGGUGAAAGCCCUCCUUUCCUAGCAAGUGGAGCUCAGAGCCCUGAACUUCUUUUUGCUUGUUUUGUUCUUUGUGUGUGUCUCCAUUGCUCUGAUUCGAAUGGAUAGAGCUCCACAUGGGUUCUCUCCUGCCCUAAAGGAUCUCACAGGUCCCCUUGGUCUUUGAUGGCAGUGAAGCUCUCACUAUCCCUCAUGCCCUUCCACCUUUCCUAUCUUGCUUCUUCCAGUUAACUCUUGGCUCCGUAAGUUCAUAAGUUACAAAGGCUGUCCCAAGAAUUCCUUGAUCCCCCUAACCAGAGUUGCACCCCUGGGGCUCCCCAGUGUCUUGGGUGAAAGUUCCAGACUUUCCCUUUAACUCAAACUUCUCCUCCCCUCUUUCCACUCUCACACCCAGAAACUCCUGUUUUAACCUCAGUCCUCUAUGCUGGUUUCAGUCUUUCUUCCCUCUCAUCUCCCAAGCCCUCCUCCUCCAUUUACCUCCCUCUGUCCCUGAUUUGUUUACCUCCAUUCUGCUAUACUCUAAGUUCUAAAACUUAGAGCCCUCAGUAAAAACAAGCAAAGAAUGACACAUUCUUCAAGACUUCUGUUGGCCUCAUUGGUUUAUCCUUCACCUCCUGAGCCUACAAGAUGAUUCCCCAGGCCAUGUAGCCAAGGGCUCUAUCUCUCUGAUCUUUGGGAGAUUAGGAAGAGAAGCUGGCCUGUCAGGGACAUCGUGGUUUAAAGGUCAGCUUUGGUUUCUGCAGCUGGCAUUUCCCUGAAGCUCCUGCCCAGCCUACCCUGAGCUCAGAGGCUCCUUCUCUGGCCAAAGAUUCAUAUCCUCCUUGGUGGCUCUUUGCCACUCUGCCACCUUGCUUACAUCUGUCCUGCUCGUAUGUGUCACAGAUUUCCCCCAUUUCUCUCAAAAGAUGGGAGAGCCUCAUGACCUUCCAAGCAUGGAGAAACCUCCAUUACCAGUAACCAUGCCAGCAAACAAUCCAUUUUUCUUCAGAGAUACUUGGCCACCGGCCUUCCAUCCUCAGCUUCCAUCCACAGGUAAGUGUGGACUUGACCCAAGGUCAUCUGAAAGGGCUGCUGGUGACCUGGACCUUCAGAGCAGACAUCCACCUGCUCUGAGAAGAGUUGACGUGUUACCUCCCAUAGGCAUUCCUUCCACCAUCCUCCCCAAACCUGGGACGUUUCGCUCUGGAGUAUUUUCAAGGAAGCGUGUUGUGUUUUAAUGAAGUAUUUUUCAGGGUUCAAAUGUUAUUUUUUAUAAAUGCAGCAUUUUAAUGACAGACUGAAUUUGAAAGCUAGGUCUUCCUGGGUUCUGUAUUUAAUUUCAGAAGGCAGCACACUACAGGAGGGAAAAAGCACAGGGCUGAGGCUCUUGGGGACAUGGCUUUGUCUCCAUGUUGCCAUGUGAUUGAGGACGAGUCGCGUUCCCUCUCAGUGGCUCAGUUUCCCAUCUGUAGAAUGAGGGGCUUUGACAUGGUGAGCUUUGAAGUUUCAUCCUGCUCUUACAUCCUAGGGCCUUCAUUCCCUAUUGGCACUCCCUCCUUUCUUCACAUUCCUCCCCACCUCAAAAGAGCUGUACACAUACCAUUACACCUGCCCCGUGGUGACAUCCUCAGAUGCCCUGGGUAGCCAGUAGACCCACUGCUAGAGUCUAAGGUGGGCUCCAUGGCUUGGGCCACCCAGAGAUGCUCAUAUCUGCAGGGGUAAGGCCCUACCCAUUCAAGAGGUUACCAACAGUGUUCACAGAAGCCCUCUCACAUAGACAUGUCUAAAUCAUCCCGGGGGGUCUGGGACACUGGGGAAUUCUGAAUUUGAAGUGUUCAUUUUGAUGUGGUCCUUAAAGCUGGAGGGAGGCAGUUCUGACUUCAGAGAGAGGACAGGCUGGAGGAGAAAGGUCCAGAGGGUGCCCACCGGAGUGUUAAGUUUAUGUUUGAGGACAGCUUGGAAAUGCACUUCAAGCCAUGGAGGAGAACACACGGCCAAAGGUCUGUGUUGAAAUGGGUGUUGUUAUAUCUCACUCCAGGCCUGUGUCCUGAAGACUGAGUCUGGAUGCUGGGCUCCAUUCUCACUGGAGGAGGGGAGGCAUCACCCACUGGGCUGCUAGGAGGUCGGCACUCACCCCAGGCUAGUACCUUUCCAGCCCCUCCUCAUGACACUACCGUCCUCCUGGUGAAAGCUUGUGAAGCAAGAACUGAUAGUCCAAGUCCACAUCAUCAAACCCAUCUUGUAAAUCAGCAAACCCAUCAACCUUCCAUCGGUAAAAGAAAGGACAUUGUAUGUUUCCUUAGCACCUUCCCUCUUGAGGGAGGGGAAGACCCCUGCCCCCGCCCUCAACCUGCUGUGCCCUGGAACGCCACUCCAUGAAAGGACUUGUUCAUUUGCUUCGUAGUGACAACUAUUCCUCUAGUUCUGUAACUCAACUAGACAUUUUGUAGUAAAGAAUUCUUGAAAUCCUCUAAUAAAAAGCAAUUCUUACUGUAAUAUUUUUAGUUUGGGGACACAAUUUCCUAAGGUGGGGGGAUUGAUGAACAUUUAUAUGCAUUAGCCCAAUUUACAGAUUCCGUGUUUAUUAUAUGGUAGUACUGAUGAAAAGUACCUUUCUAUCUGUACCUUUACACAGUUUCUCCGUUCCUCAUAAGGAAGCUUCAUGAGAGCAGUGCUCAGGCACCUGCUAUUUCUGUACAGAUCUUAGCGUUCCACUUACUUGUCAAAGCACAUUCUAUAUGUACUGUAAACAGGUAUCCCUUUAGAAAGAUAUAGUCUUAAGGAUUUUUCCACUUUUGUCAGUAACAGAUAUUUAUGGAUUAAAAAAAUAAAGCUGUUUCAACAUAA